AUGCCACCAAAAUCUGAUUGGGAAAAGUACAAGGCCCCCAUCGACGAGGAUGCCGCGCAGGAGAAGAUCAUUCCUCUGUCCGAGGGCGACAUCCAGGUACUCAAGACGUACGGAACUGCUCCCUAUGGUACUGCCCUCAAGAACAUCGAGAAGGACAUCAAGGACAUGCAAGCACGAAUCCAGGAGAAGGUCGGCAUCAAGGAGUCCGACACAGGUCUGGCCCCGCACCACCUGUGGGACACACAAAUGGACAAGCAGCGAAUGAGCGAGGAGAAUCCUCUCCAGGUGGCUCGAUGCACCAAGAUUAUCGAGACUGCUGAAGACCCCGGAAAGAGCAAGUACGUCAUCAACGUCAAGCAGAUCGCCAAGUUUGUCGUGUCGCUGGGCGAGCGAGUGUCGCCCACAGAUAUCGAGGAGGGGAUGCGAGUGGGAGUCGACCGGUCCAAGUACCAGAUUCAGCUGCCUCUGCCACCCCGAAUCGACCCUUCCGUCACCAUGAUGACGGUCGAGGAGAAGCCCGAUGUCACCUACUCGGACGUGGGAGGCUCUAAGGAGCAGCUGGAGAAGCUGCGAGAGGUUGUCGAGCUGCCUCUGCUGUCUCCCGAACGAUUCGUCAACCUCGGAAUCGACCCUCCCAAGGGUAUUCUUCUAUACGGACCCCCCGGAACCGGUAAGACUCUGUGCGCACGAGCCGUGGCUAACCGAACAGACGCCACUUUUAUCCGUGUCAUUGGCUCCGAGCUAGUGCAGAAGUACGUUGGUGAGGGUGCCCGGAUGGUCCGAGAGCUGUUCGAGAUGGCUCGAACCAAGAAGGCUUGCAUCAUUUUCUUCGACGAGGUCGACGCCAUUGGAGGAGCCCGAUUCGAUGACGGAGCCGGAGGAGACAAUGAGGUGCAGAGAACCAUGCUAGAGCUCAUCACUCAGCUCGACGGUUUCGAUCCUCGAGGAAAUAUCAAGGUCAUGUUUGCCACCAAUAGACCCAACACUCUAGAUCCCGCACUCCUGCGUCCCGGACGAAUUGACCGAAAGGUCGAGUUCUCACUGCCAGAUCUCGAGGGCCGAGCUAACAUUUUCCGAAUCCACUCAAAGAGCAUGUCUGUCGACAGAGAUAUCCGAUGGGAGCUCAUUUCGCGUCUGUGUCCCAACUCCACUGGUGCUGAGCUGCGAUCCGUGUGCACUGAGGCCGGCAUGUUUGCCAUUCGAGCCCGCCGAAAGGUCGCCACUGAGAAGGACUUCCUGGCUGCCGUCGAGAAGGUCAUUAAGGGUAACCUCAAGUUUAGCAGUACUUCUCAGUACAUGCAGUACAACUAG